CAUCAUGGCUCCUAUAAAAAGGGAGGAGGGCAUCUCGUUCGGGACUUGGUGACUGAGCUCGGGCUAAGGUGCCUGGGACCGUAACGUAGCAGUAGCAGCAUCCUCCUCCGAACUUCUCCGUCUUCUGCGACCCUCGGAGCACCCUCGCCUCCUGCCAUCAUGCCGUUCUCCAAUAGCCACAACAUGCUGAAGUCCCGCUACCCCGCUGAGGAGGAAUAUCCCGACCUCUCCUCGCACAACAACCACAUGGCUAAGGUGCUGACCCCAGAGCUCUACGAAAAACUCCGGGAUAAGGCUACACCCAGCGGCUUCACCCUCGAUGACGUCAUCCAGACCGGUGUGGACAACCCAGGGCACCCAUUCAUCAUGACUGUGGGCUGUGUAGCUGGAGAUGAAGAGAGCUAUGAAGUGUUCAAGGAACUGUUUGAUCCUAUCAUUGAGGACCGACAUGGAGGCUACAAGCCUUCAGAUGAGCAUAAGACUGAUCUUAACCCUGACAAUUUGCAGGGUGGUGAUGACCUGGAUCCUAACUAUGUGCUGAGUUCUCGUGUUAGAACUGGCAGGAGCAUCCGAGGAUUCUGCCUGCCCCCACAUUGCAGCCGGGGCGAGCGCCGAGCCAUAGAGAAGCUCUCUGUGGAAGCUCUGGCCAGCCUGGAGGGUGACCUGAAUGGGAAGUACUAUGCUCUGAAGAACAUGACUGAGCAGGAACAGCAGCAGCUGAUUGAUGACCACUUCCUCUUUGACAAGCCUGUCUCCCCACUCCUCUUGGCAUCUGGCAUGGCCCGAGACUGGCCUGAUGGCAGGGGCAUUUGGCACAAUGACAACAAGACCUUUCUGGUGUGGAUCAAUGAGGAAGAUCACCUGAGAGUCAUCUCCAUGCAGAAGGGUGGCAACAUGAAGGAGGUGUUCACACGCUUCUGCACAGGGCUCACCCAGAUUGAAACUCUUUUUAAGACCAAGAACUACGAGUUCAUGUGGAACUCCCACCUGGGCUACAUCCUGACAUGCCCCUCCAAUCUGGGCACAGGCCUGCGUGCAGGUGUCCACAUCAAGCUUCCCCACCUGGGCAAGCAUGAGAAGUUUGGAGAGGUGCUGAAGAAGCUGAGGCUGCAGAAGAGGGGAACAGGGGGUGUGGACACGGCUGCUGUGGGUGGUGUCUUUGACAUCUCCAAUGCUGAUCGAUUGGGCUUCUCAGAGGUGGAGCUGGUGCAGAUGGUGGUGGAUGGUGUGAAGUUGCUCAUAGAGAUGGAAAAGCGCUUGGAGCAGGGCCAGUCCAUCGAUGACCUUAUGCCAGCCCAGAAAUGAGCAGCUGGCCCCCCCGAAUUCUGCGCUUCCUAAUUUAUUGGAUGAAUGAAUAACCACCAUCCUUCCUGCCUGUGGCGCCCCGGGGAGGGGCUCCGGAUGCAGCCCACCUAAUCAUGCUGUAGAGAAGUCUUCCUUCCAUCCUUUGGUGUUAGAGUUUAUUUUUGAUGGCUGAGAUGUUGCUGAAUGCUGAAAUAAUAAACUAUUGUUUUGGCCUGACCCAGGUCUCAGGGCAAUUAGAAACAAA